GGACCGAAACCCAACGUCGAAAAGGCCACGUUUGAACAACAACUACGCGAAAUCAGAAUCGGGAGGAUCAAACUCGAGCUCCUGAGGUCUACACUCCAGGAUCUCCCAUAUCACCAUGUGGAAUUAAAGCCAGAAAGUCAGAAUCUCACCUGCUUGGCUUCUCGACGGCAUCCUACAAUACUCGAGGACGAAACCAUGAAUGGAAUGAUAUCCGACCAUUCGACAUUACCAGCGCCUGCAAAAGCUCAAGACCGGGACCAGCAGAUUUCGUCGCACACGGGUGACCUCCUCGCCCUGAUCACAGCCUACCUCAAUCUCGGUGACGAAACGAAUGGUACGAAUCAAUUGGCCUUCGAGGACGCAGAGCUCCUGGCCGAUGAAAUUAGCAGGUUCAAAACAGAUAUCACUGCCAUCUCCUCCGCAGUCAGUACGCGGCUCCUGGCCCUCGAAAGCUCGCUCAUAAGCCUAGCAUCUCUAACAGCUGUCGAGAGCUCUUCGCCACCAGCACCAACCACACAACUGGUGUGCAUCCAGGAUUCCAAUGGUCAGACAGGAUCUCUCAUCUCAACACUCACACCACAAACAACCCACCUCUCGCAGCUCCGCGGAUCAGCACUUCCUAACUGUCUCGCCACACUGACGCAGAACCUGCACGCGAUUCUCCGAUCCCAGGCCCACCAACUCCAAUCAUCGCUCCUGCGGCUCGAGUCCUCCAAGCACGGCGUCCAGUCUCGACACGCACAGUCGCGUGCCGCGUUCCUGGCAACAGUGGCCGCUACAAUGGACCUGAAGGCACAGGUGUUGGUGCUCGAGAAGCAGAUAGUUGUUGACGCCGGCGGGCAAGAGACCCGAGAAUGGGUGAAAAUGAAGCUGGAUGCGUUGACGGACCAAGAGAGCGGGCUUGAGGACCGGAUCAUGGAGUUGAGCGGUGUUCUGGCCGAGUAUGAGGCGGUGGAUCCAGAGUUGAGGGUCCUGAAGAGGCUGGGCGCCAGGUACCGCGAGGUCGAAGGCGAGAUGGACCUAGUCAAGAGGGAUAUUGAGAGGUUGGAGAGGGAGGAAGAG